GCUGCGGGAGGCGGGGGCGGUGCCUGGUUCCGAGGCUCUGGGUGCGGCUGGGACGCUCCUUCCCCCUGCGUUGGCGGUGGGUUUCCUGUCGGGGGUGGUCCUCUUCCCCCCUCCUCGACUCCCGCUUUGGACUUGGUGGCCGAUGACGUUCUGUCUCGUGGAAGGCGAAGCCCGGGUUACUGCCACAGCCACGAAGCCGCGAGCAUUUAGCCCUUUUGGGAAGAUGCUACUCGUCUUUUGGGAACUUGUGUUGGAGCAGCCAGGGGGUAGAAUAUUUGCAGGGGUGAAGCGGUCUGAGGUGAUAUGAGUCUUUUGACAUGCUGAGGUCGUGCAGGGGCUUUUACCUGCACGUUUUAUGCAUUUCAAGUAUGGACUGUAUGCGCCCCGCCCUCCUAACUCAGGGUGUGAAUCGAGGCCAGUGGGGGAGCAGAAAAAGCAGAGCCCCUCCAGGCUACAGAAGAAGCCCGACUUUUGAGGGCACUGUCUGCAGGAGCCGUGUCAGUUCCAAAAGCUCCAGUCCUUCUCUGAGAGGGAGACCAGGUGAUGGCAGCCAUGCUUCUGACAGCCUGGCCCCAGGUGAGCUGUGGGUCCUUCAGCUCUUCCUCUGAGCAGUUUCACAUUGAAGAAAACUGAGAAGGGAAUCUGGAUUCCUUGUCUUAUCCAAGUCACACGAUGAAUGACUCACAGAAGUGCCCACAAGUUGGACUAGAAUUGUUGAUGGGUGGAGGCCCGUAGAAUCAAGCAAGACAGGUCCUGGCAGAGAGCAGCUGAGAGGCAAAUCGCCGCCAGUGUGUCCCCAAGGUUGUUACAGAAGGCCGAGGUGGGUAGAGCGAGGGCAGCCAGAAGAGGCAGCUGCCCGGAGGGGAGGGGGUGGCCCUGGGAGCGGCUCGGCCAUCAGCCCUGAUGGUGGAGCCUGUGCUGAGCGCCGAGUGCCGAGUGAUGCAGAGGAGCAGCUGAAAAGAUGGCUGACCUCCCUUCUUUCCCAAACCUCCUUGGAGAGACAGUGAAGCCUUGGGUGAAGUUGGACAGGAUGAGGCUUGACUGGGAGAGGGUAACAGAAAAUGGGUUUUUGGCGAGAGCCAUUUGCAAGCAGGAUGGGCUGCCUGCUCUCACCCCUCCCUCCACCUCCACGGUGCCCAGCCGAUCUAGGCAGCACUGAGCUUUCUCUGCUGAAGGCGCUGGAGCAGAGGCUAUGCAGCCUUUUGUAGGGGGGUCUAUGAUAGAAAUCAGGUGGGACUGGGUGAGAUGGAAGCCAUGCCUGUUCUUUGGGCGUGGCUUGAGGUUUGAGGGUGAGGGCGAGGGCGAGGAAGUGAGAAAGCCUGUGGGUGGGUCCAGAGCUACUUCCCCCAGUGAGGGCACAGCCUGACUGAAAUAAAGCAGUUGCGUUAGGGGAACUUGGUCAUGGGAGGUGUUUUUCUUUCAUCUCAACUUAUGUCAUCCUUUGUAAGUGUGAAAUAUGGCAUGAGGUUUCUCUGCUGUGAGCCAGGUCUGAUAUUCCAUGCUUUACCUUCCAAGUGUUUUUCUCAAAUCUUUCCCCCUGUUAUUAAUUUUGUGCUCUUCACAAGCCCCUCCUCAAGCCCUCAUACUGCCCUCUGCCCCUCACCUAGGGCAUGAGCCAUGGAAUUGGCCCCUAGGGCAGCAGGAACCUGUUGUUUCAGAAGUCGGUGACCUUUGAGGACGUGGCUGUGUACUUCACCCAGACGGAGUGGGAUGGCCUGUCCCCUGCACAGAGGGCUCUGUACAGGGAUGUGAUGCUGGAGAAUUAUGGGAAUGUGGCCUCCCUGGGAUUUCCCCUUCUCAAACCUACUGUGAUCUCACAGCUGGAGGGAGGAGGUGAGCUGGAGGGCCCAUCUCCACUGGCCUCUGGAACAGGCACAGGCCCCCAGGGCCUCUGGACUGUAAAUAUUGAUAUCCAGACUGACAAUAAUUUGACAGAGGAAAUAUAUGAAGAAAAACAUAAUACAUCAUUUGAACUUCAAAGGAACUCUUCCCAGGAAACAGACUUUUCAGAAACUUAUAUUCUAGAGAAACAGCAGGAAGUCCACUCAGUAGGAAGUAUGGAGAAAGAAAACAGGAGUGUCAUUGAUGGGACAGUGAAAGACAAUAUAAGCCCCAUGGAGGAGUGUUUCUUUAGGCAAAGUCCAAACUUGAAUCAGUGUCAUACCAUCUCCACUGGAGAGCAGUCCCCUGAGUGUACAGGAUUGGAGAAAGCCUUCAGCUUUGACACAAAACUUAUUCAACAUGAAAUAAUAAAUUCCGGGGAAAGACCUUUCAAAUGUGAAGAAUUAGUGGAAAGCUUUAGGUGUAACUCUCAACUUAAUCAGGAUCAAGAUAGCUACACUGGGGAGAAGCCCCAUCAGCGUAAGGAGUGUGGCAAAGCCUUUAGCGUUAAUGCAAAAUUAAUUUGGCAUCAAAGACUUCACAGUGGGGAGAAGCCCUUCAAAUGUGUAGAGUGUGGAAAAAGCUUCAGUUACAGUUCCCAUUAUAUCACACAUCAGACUAUCCACAGUGGGGAGAAGCCCUAUCAGUGUAAGGUGUGUGGGAAAGCCUUCAGCGUUAAUGGGAGUCUGAGUAGGCAUCAGAGAAUCCAUACAGGAGAGAGGCCCUAUCAGUGCAAGGAGUGUGGGAAUGGCUUUAGCUGCAGUUCUGCAUAUAUCACACAUCAGAGAGUUCACACUGGAGAGAAACCUUACGAGUGUAAUGACUGUGGGAAAGCUUUCAAUGUUAAUGCAAAAUUAAUUCAACAUCAGAGGAUCCACACUGGAGAGAAACCUUAUGAAUGUAAUGAGUGUGGGAAAGGCUUCAGGUGCAGCUCCCAGCUUAGGCAGCAUCAGAGCAUCCACACUGGAGAGAGACCCUAUCAGUGUAAGGAGUGUGGAAAAGCCUUUAGUAAUAAUGCAAAACUCAUUCAGCAUCAAAGAAUUCACACAGGGGAGAAACCCUAUGAGUGUACUGAAUGUGGAAAAGCCUUUGGCGUCAAAGGGAAGUUAAUCCAGCACCAGAGAAUCCACACGGGUGAGAAACCCUAUGAGUGUAAAGAAUGUGGAAAAGCCUUCAGGUGUAAUUCCCAGCUUCGGCAGCAUCUGAGAAUCCACACCGGGGAGAAGCCCUAUGAGUGUAAUGAGUGUGGAAAGGCCUUCAACGUUAAUGCAAAACUAAUGCAGCACCAGAGGAUUCACACUGGGGAGAAGCCCUUUGAAUGUAAUGAGUGUGGGAAAUGUUUUACUUCUAAAAGAAACCUGCUUGAUCAUCACCGAAUCCACACUGGAGAAAAGCCUUAUCAGUGUAAGGAAUGUGGGAAAGCCUUCAGCAUCAAUGCCAAACUAACUAGGCAUCAGAGAAUACACACUGGGGAGAAACCAUUCAAGUGUAUGGAAUGUGAGAAAGCAUUUAGCUGUAGUUCUGACUAUAUUGUACAUCAGAGAAUCCAUACUGGAGAGAAACCCUUUCAAUGUAAGGAGUGUGGAAAAGCCUUCCAUGUUAAUGCCCAUUUAAUUCGGCAUCAGAGAAGCCACACUGGGGAGAAACCCUUCAGAUGUGUGGAGUGUGGCAAAGGCUUCAGCUAUAGUUCUGACUGUAUCAUACAUCAGACUGUCCAUACUUGGAAGAAACCCUAUGUGUGUAAUGUGUGUGGGAAAGCCUUCAGGUUUAGCUUCCAACUUAGUCAGCAUCAGAGUGUCCAUAGUGAAGGAAAAUCCUAAUAAGGAUGUAGAAAACUGUCAAGGUUAAUGCUGAACUAGAUUAAGUAUCCUCAGAUUCACCCUGAGAGAGAAAUGGAUAUAGCAGAGUCUUCACAAGGAAACAAAUCUUUUCCAUUUUAUUCAAUUUUAGAUCAAGAAUGACAAUCAGUUUUACAUCCAAAAAUAAGUGGUUUGUUUUAUACCAACAACCAAUAGAAAAUAUAAUGAAAAGAAAAUAUCUCAUUCCCAACAGCAUCAAGAAAAGUUGAUUUUCUAGAUAUAAACUUACUAGGACCUAUGUGGAGAAAUUAUAAAUCUCUGCUGAGGGGCACAAAAGGAAAGUUAAAUAAAUGGGGGGAGAGAGAGUGAUACCUUGUUCUUAGAUAGAAAAACUCAUAAAGAUACUACCUACCUAAAUUAAUUUAUUGCCCUUUUACUUUUGACAACAAGCAUGCAUCACUUUUGUAAAGAGGAAAAACAAUAAAGAGUU